GCAAAAUAAAUGAAAUACCUACUUGGAGGCUCCACAGGCCUCCUGAAGGAGAUUGAUACCACCAAUCGCACGUUGCAAUGCUUUACAAGGCUGCAAGAUCAAUCCCUGGAUAAAAAUGUAACUUCCAUGUGUUGGUCCGGUGGAUUCGGAGGAUAUCUCCAAGACAAAAUUACAGUUGGUCACAGUGAUGGAACUCUUCGAUUAUUCGAAUUUCCUACCAUGGAGAUACUCAAGGAAGUCAAAUUGCCCUCAAAAUGUAUCCAUGUGAGUAUGUUAGGAAAGCAUUUUGACCAAUUUGGCCCUGAUUUUUAUGCCAAGAACGAUAAUUCAAUUCUGUAUCCAGCAUAUUCGGAUUCUGAUGUAUACAAUGGCCAUGAUAGGCAGUUAUUGGCCGUUUGUGAAUCAGGUCACAUUUUUGUUUUCGAUUGGAGUUUGGAUUCCGAUUCCUCUGUCUCCAAGGUUUUGGACUUGGUAACUGGAGAAUCGACAGACACGGAUAUUCCCGGGAUAAUAUCUGGAUUCAAGUACAAAUCCCCUAUAAAUGCAGUUGCUGUAAACUCUCUAAUGACAAACAGGAUAGUUAUUGGAGGACUUGAGAUUCCACCAAUACUCUUUGAUUUGUUCACAGGUAAGAUUUUAUGGGCUGGGAAGUAUCCUCAUGCAACGCUCUUGGAUUUAAAGAGUGCUAUGGAUAUACGCGGAAUCGUUUUUUUAGAGGAUAUUGACCAAGAUACCUUUUGUGUUUCUACAUCUGAUUCGUCCAUUUACGUUUACGAUACAACAAGUCAAAGGGACCCUAUUUUUGAACUAAACAUUUGUGAUGAGCGCGCAAAGGGAUUGUCUUAUAACUCUCUUUUGUAUUCCGGAAUUUCGGACCAUAAUACGAAGCAUCGCAAAUUAUUAAAUACAAGUAUAAAUGUAAACUAUUCUCAUGACAAUAGGAAUAUUAUUAGAAUGACAACAACUCCAAACAUAACGGUCGAACAUGUGAAAGGCGAGGAAGAUUCUACAAAUACAUUGGAGGGUCAUGGAUUAUCCAUAAAAUGCAGAACAUUGGGAGGAAAUGAUUAUUGUAACAUUUACAUUUCCGACAAUGUUGGUUCCGUAUAUCACAUGCAGUUACUCACUGGGGAUAGAUUGGUUGAGUGGGUACACAGAAAGCUCUGUAAAUCAAAAGAGUACAAGAAAGAUGUUAAAAAAUUGAGUUAUGAUGAAAAGUUGGAGGUUAUGAACCACCUUAUAGAAGCCAGAAAGAGACUUGCGUCAUCAUCGCAUAAUGACAAACAUAUUCACUUUAGAAAAUCAGGUUAUAACCAGUUUAUUGGUAAAGUGAUUUAUUCCUUCAAUAUUCACAAUGGAGCCGUUCUCGGUUUGCAAUCGAUUGGAAAUUACCUUGUGACAGCAAGCUUGGAUAGAUUUACAAAAGUUUUGGAUAUAAAAACAGGCAAGGUUAUUUACCAACACUACUGUAACCAAAAGCAGACAUCCAUACUGGUUCCAAGAGAGUAUUUCUUAGAGACCUUUGAUAACGAGAAAGAAUUCAAGGCCCUUAAAGAGCCUGAACCAGAACCGGAACAAGAUCCUGUAGUUCCUUCUGAAGAUGGCUUGGAUGAACAUAUGAUGGAUGAGUUGGAAGAUAACGAUCCCUUUGAUGAUGACGAUUAA